UGUGGAGGAUAGUCAGAUAAGGGCAGAGAGAGUCGUCCUAUCCCAUGGCCCUGUUGGUAUAUCCCUCUGUUCCAAUUCGUAUAAGAGAAAGCAAAGCGGAACAGAGUGGUAAGAGAAUUUGCAGACACCUUAGAUAUGGUAUACUUCUAGAGAGAGAAACAGAUACAUAUAGAGAGAGAGAAAGCAAACAUGCCUGGGAGCUUAGAGCCAUUGGAUGUUGGGGUUCAGAUCCCAUACCACUUCAGGUGUCCGAUCUCGCUCGAGCUCAUGCGCGAUCCGGUCACGGUCAGCACCGGCCAGACCUACGACCGGGCCAGCAUCGAGUCGUGGGUAGCCAUGGGGAAUGUCACGUGCCCGGUCACGCGCGCGCCACUCACCGACUUCACCCUCAUCCCGAACCACACCCUCCGACGGCUCAUCCAGGAAUGGUGCGUCGCCAACCGCUCGUUCGGCGUCGAACGCAUUCCCACUCCGAAACAACCCGCCGACCCGGCCACGGUUCGGACCCUACUGAGUCAAGCCUCGUCCGUGACAACUCCGAAUCACUCGCGUCUCGCCGCGCUUCGACGACUGAAAGGACUCGCUCGUGAAUCGGAGAAGAAUCGAUCCGUGAUCUCCGGUCACAAUGCUCGUGAAAUCCUAUUGUCUAUAAUCUUCUCCAAUACAAGUUCUGACUCGUCCGAGUUGAAUCACGAGUCUCUCGCUAUUCUAUCCUUGUUUCCGCUUUCUGAAUCGGAGUGUGUGUUUGUUACCUCCGAUCCGGAACGAUUCGGUUACCUCGUGGAUCUUCUAUUCCAUUCUUCAAUCGAGGUCCGAGUUAACUCGGCGGCGCUGAUUGAGACCGUCGUUACCGGAACGAGAUCGCCGGAUAUCCGAGCGAAAAUCACCAAUGCCGAUGAAAUCUUUCAAGGAAUAGUCGAAAUUCUCAACUGUCCAUUGGCGUAUCCGCGAGCUCUGAAAGUCGGAAUCAAAGCGCUGUUCGCUUUAUGCUUGGUGAAGCAGAACCGUCAAAAGGCGGUUGCCGCCGGAGCCGUGGAGGCUUUAAUCGACAGAUUGGCGGAUUUUGAGAAAUGCGACGCGGAGAGGACGCUGGCGACUGUGGAGCUGCUCUGCCGGAUUCCGUCUGGAUGCGCGGCGUUUGCGGGCCACGCGCUCACCGUCCCGCUCCUGGUGAAGAUAAUACUGAAGAUCUCAGAUCGAGCAACGGAGUACGCCGCCGGAGCUCUCCUCUCGCUCUGCUCGGAUUCGGAGCAGACUCAGCGCGACGCGGUGGCGGCGGGCGUGUUGACUCAGCUGCUUCUGCUGGUUCAGAGCGAUUGCACGGAGCGAGCGAAGCGAAAAGCGCAGUUGUUGCUGAAGCUGCUGCGGGAUUCAUGGCCAGAGGAUUCGAUUGCAUAUUCUGAUGAUUUUGCUUUCAGCGACGUCGUUCCGUUUUGAUCAUUGAUUAUCUUCUUGGAAUUUCUAUUUUUGUAAUUGUAGGGAAAGAGAAGAAAAAUAGAAAAAGAACAAGGAUAAAUUAAGAAUUUAGAAUGGUACAUAGAGAAUUAUUAUAAUGUAAUUUUGUUGAAAAAAGGAAUUAAGGAAAGUUGGAAAGCUUUGGAAAAGGAUUACUUUUGAUAUUUGUGUGGAAAAAAAAAAAACUUAAACUAAGUUUAAAUAACAACAAUAAUAAUAAUAAUAAUGAGGACCUCAUCUCCUAUUUAGUUUUAAACAUGAGGAGCGAAAGGACUGGAGAGAAAAGUAAGGGUUUUGCUAGCCUUUUUA